CGGAGCGGCGGAUCUGUGCGGCCGCUGGACCCCUGCGAACCCCGGCAAGGAUGCAACACCAUUAAAAGAAUCCUGUGGGACUGGAAGGCAACAACAAGACGGUGUGGGACAAACCCGGGUCCACACGGAGCUGGGUGGAGGGGAGAACAACACAGACUUCUCACCAUGUUAGCCAUGCUUUAGCACACACAGGAAGGACUAGCUCAUCUCUGGAGAAACACCAUCUGCCUUUUAUCAAACACUCCAGAGCCACAAUUGCACGCAUCUCCCUCUCAUCCGUCAUUUACUGAGCGCCGCCCCCCUGCAAAGAUGCCGAUGCCAAGGGUGAUGCCGGGGCACUUGUGGUGACGGGGGGCACAGAGUGUGUGCACACAUCCGGCACGCAGGCCGGUGGGUCGGUGGGUGGACAGGCACACCAAGAGGCUUUUUCAAGGGCGGGCGUGGUUGAACCAUGCGGCCCUGGGCGGGGUCAUGGCGGUGGAUUACCCUGGUGCUGCUGGCCUGGGGCACACUCCUCUUCUACAUCGGCGGCCACCUGGUGAGGGACAGCGACCAUCCGGAGCGGUCCAGCCGGGAGCUCUCCAAGAUCCUGGCCAAGCUGGAGCGGCUCAAGCAGCAGAAUGAAGACCUGCGGCGCAUGGCCGAAUCGCUCAGGAUACCAGAGGGUCAGGCGGAAGCCGGGUCCCUGGCCGCCGGGAGACUUCGCUCUCUGGAGGACCAGCUAACCAGAGCCAAAGAGAAGAUCCACAGCUUCCAGAAGCUCACUGGUGACGGCCCCGGCCCCACUCAGGAGGAGCUGCGGAGAAGAGUGGAGAACGGCAUGAAGGAGUUCUGGUACUUUGUACGCAGCGAGGUGAAGAAACUGACCACCGUCGAGCCCGGCGAGAGGCAGAAGUACGCCGACACACUCCUGCAGGACCUGGGACACCAGGAGAGGUCCAUCAUGACAGACUUGUACUACCUCAGCCAGGCGGACGGAGUGGGCGAGUGGAGAGUGAAGGAAGCUAAAGACCUGUCGGAUCUGGUCCAGAACAGAAUCACCUACCUACAGAACCCCCCCGACUGCAGUAAGGCGAGAAAGCUGGUGUGUAACAUCAAUAAGGGCUGUGGUUAUGGCUGCCAGCUCCACCACGUCGUCUACUGCUUCAUGAUCGCUUAUGGCACCCAGCGCACGCUCAUCCUCGAGUCCCACAACUGGCGCUACGCCCCCGGCGGCUGGGAGACGGUCUUCCUUCCCGUCAGUAACACGUGCACCGACCGCGCCGGGGCCACCACUGGACACUGGUCAGGCGAGGCCCACGAUAAGGACGUCCAGGUAGUGGAGCUGCCCAUCGUGGACAGCCUCCACCCCCGGCCCCCUUACCUGCCCCUGGCGAUCCCCGAGGACCUGGCCCCACGCCUGCAGCGGCUGCACGGCGACCCCUCCGUCUGGUGGGUGUCCCAGUUUGUCAAGUACCUGGUGCGCCCUCAGGCCUGGCUGGAGAAGGAGAUCCAGCAGACCACCGCCAAGCUGGGCUUCAAACAUCCCAUCAUCGGCGUCCACGUGAGGAGGACGGACAAAGUGGGGACCGAGGCGGCCUUCCAUCCCAUAGAGGAGUACAUGCUGCAUGUGGAGGAGCAGUUCCAACAUCUGGCCCGACGCGUCCACAUCGACAAGAAACGAGUUUACCUGGCCACCGACGACCCCUCCCUCCUGCAGGAAGCUAAGACCAAGUAUCCAGAAUACGAGUUCAUCAGCGAUAACUCCAUCUCGUGGUCGGCAGGUCUCCACAACCGCUACACUGAGAACUCGCUGAGAGGCGUCAUCCUGGACAUCCACUUCCUGUCCCAGACCGACUUCCUGGUGUGCACUUUCUCCUCACAGGUUUGCCGCGUGGCCUACGAGAUCAUGCAGAUGCUGCAUCCGGACGCCUCCUCCUUCUUCUACUCCCUGGACGACAUCUACUACUUCGGAGGCCAGAACGCCCACAACCAGAUCGCCGUGUUCCCGCACCAGCCGCGCAACAGCGAGGACAUUCCCCUGGAGCCCGGCGACGUGAUCGGCGUGGCGGGCAACCACUGGGACGGAUACUCCAAAGGCAUCAACCGCAAACUGGGCCGCACCGGCCUCUACCCCUCCUACAAGGUCAAAGAGAAGAUCGAGACUGUGAAGUACCCGACGUACCCCGAGGCGGACAAACUGCUCACCUCUCAGAAGAAGUAAAAAGAAGAAAUGAACUCAAUUUAAAAAAUAAAAUAAAAUAAAGGAAGCGAAGGAGCGAGGAGAAACACGCAGACUCCGAUUCCAGGGAAGGAGGCUGCUUUUGUACAGAGGAGAGAGAGACAUACUUAGUGCACUAAGCUGAGAAGAAAAGAAGACGCCUGUACCCAGGGGUGAUAGGAAUGAGAAUGCACUGUGUGUUUAUGCCUGAGUGCGAAUGUGAGCGAGAGUGUGUGUGAGAGCGUGUGUGUGUGUGU